UUAAAACUUUUAUUUUACUUUUACUUUUUAUCAUAUUGAUUUCAUAAACAUAAAUGUGCCUUGUUUGUUUUAAUUAUUUUUUACAUAUUAUAAUAGUAAUCUCUUUAUUAUAUUUAUCUGAAUAUUCUACUUGUUUACAAAAUAAGGCUUUAAUGCUAUCACAACCGUGACGUUCAAAUUUCUCAUGCUCCUGAAUUUUUGAGAUGGCUGCUAAUCCGUCAAGUGGACAAAAGAUACUAUUGUUAUGGGGAUCGUAUGUAAAACAAGAACAUCUAGAGGAAGUAGUUAAAGAGCUUCAGCAAGCUGUUGGAGACCAAGGAAUGGUGGCAGUUGAACAUUUGGAACGUCUAGUUGUUUCUGAUCAUGCAAGCUCAUCUUUUGAUACCAUAUAUUGUGGAACACUUACUCCAACAAUUACAUUUCAUCCUGCUGAAGUAUUUGCAGAAAUAGCACGAAUACUGAAGCCAGGAGGAACUGUGAUCAUUAGGGAAUCUGUGGCAACUCGAGAUAAUGUGCCAAAUUUUCGGACUGCAGCAAAAUUGGCAUCUGCUUUAAAACUCUCAGGAUUCAUCAACAUCAGCAAACCUGAAACCAUCCCAAUUAAAAAAGCAAAUGUUGAAGAAUAUGAAAAACAUUUUCAUCAGAAUGAAGAUGAUGUGUCACUUAUUGAAGUUCGAGCUAACAAACCUAAUUUUGAAAUAGGUUCAUCUGUUCCACUUUCAUGUUUAAAAAAAGCUUCAAAGAAGGUUGAUGCCAAUGCUGCUAAAAUAUGGAUGCUGUCUGCUGAUGAUACACUGGAUGAAAAUGUUGAAUUAAUAAAUGAAGAUGAUUUGCUGGAUGAAGAUGAUCUCAAAAAACCUGAUCCGAGUACUUUAAAAGUCUGUGCCACCACGAAGAAAAGGAAAGCUUGCAAGAAUUGUACAUGUGGGCUAGCUGAAGAAUUAGAAAAAGAGGAGUCUGAAAGAAUUAAUAGAUCUGCAACAUCUGCUUGUGGAAAUUGUUAUCUUGGUGAUGCAUUUCGCUGUGCAAGUUGUCCUUAUUUAGGCAUGCCAGCUUUUAAACCUGGAGAGAAGAUCGUUUUAAGUGAUAACCAACUAAAAGCAGAUGUUUAAGUUUUAUCAUAUUUUGAUUUUGAGUUAAGAGUAUUUUUAUGAGCAUCAAACUUUGAGAGAUAUAUCAGCUAGUACUGAGAUCCUUGUGAAGUGUGCUUCACAAAAUUUGUAAUGUUUGAACAUAUCAAUUUUCCUGAAGGUUUUACAGUGGAGAAUUAAUGAAAUGCAAAUUUGUAUUUUUGCUAAAAGGUACGCAUUUUUAAGUUAUGUGUUUUUGUCAUGACAUUUAUUUAAAUAAGAUGUUAAAAAUCUGAUCUCUCUCUCUCCUUUUCCCUCCCUACCCCCUUUUUUGAAAUCUCAGGGGUUAAUAUUUUAUUUGUCUUUGAUUUUAAACAUCUAAUAAUGUAAACCUGAUGAACUGAGUGUUCUAAUGCUAUCAUUUCUAAGUAAAUUUUUAAGCCUGAAAAUGUUUUACAUCUGUAAUGUAAACCUGAUGAACUGAGUGUUCUAAUGCUAUCAUUUCUAUGUACAUAAUUUGUAAGCCUGAAAAUGUUUUAUAUUCAAGUAAUAUAAAUUUGGCUUAAUAUUAGGUUUCAGUAUGAAUAAUAUAAAGAAAACUUUAAAAGUUAAAGAUAUUUAGUAUUUAUCGCAGUCCAAAUUAUUAUGUACUUAUUGUUUUCAGAAUCUUUUAAAAAAGAGUAAAAGGCCUUGUAAAUGGAGUAUUUAAUUACGUUGCUUUAUUUCAUUUAAAUGGACAACUGUGUAUGAAAAUAUAUACAAUCAUUAGUUGACAAAUUGUUAAAGAAAGUUAUCUUCAAUUUGUGAUUUUUACUGUAUAUUAAAAGGUCCGUCUAUAAUAAAUUUUUAAAGUAAAAGGAUUUUUCUUUUUAGGUUCAGAUAUUGUAAUAAAAUUAUUUUGGGAAUUUAAAAAAACUUUCUAAUGAGAAUGUUUUAUUUAAUGAUUUGUAUAAAUAAUCUUUUUUAUAAGGUAAGCAGUGAUUUUAUGUAAAAAAUGUUGAAAAGCUAUUUUUCAUUGAAGCUAAUUAAGUGUUUGCUUUUUUUUUUGGGGGGGGGGGCGUCUGCAUGAAUAGCAGCAGUAAUACUUAUGGACAAGUUAUUUACAAAUUAGUUACAUUAUGGUAUUACUUAUCAAUAAAUAAUAUAGCUUACUUUAUUUUGUAAGUGAAUGAAAGUUGUAGUUAAAAUUAGUUCUAGGAGGAAGAUAUAAAUAACUGCUGAUUUUAAAUAACGUUGGUGUGUAUGCAAAGAUAUUGUACCUUAGUAAAAUAUUUCUAUGUUAUACAUAUUGCUAUGUUGAAAACUUUGGCUAAUAACUUCUUUUUAUAUUUAAUCAUGAAAUUCUAAGCAAGUACUUUUUAUAUGUUGAAAGUGUUUUGAUGAGUUAAUUUAUUCAAAAUAUAUUUUUAAAUGUACAUAUUCUGCACAAAGAAAUGUAUGUGUACAUAAAAUUUUGUUGGUAUUUCACAUAAAAGUUGAUUGUAAUAAUUUUUAUUAGCUAAAAAAUAUGUUUAUAUGAAAGCUGGAACUUUGUACAUAUAACUAUGUGAACCUCAUAUAACUGUAUUCUGUAUAUAUAGUUUAAAUAUCUUUUCUAGAAGUUUUGACUCACUCUCUGUGUAAAGUAUUAUUAUUGAAAAAUCUAAUCUGUAUGUGAUAUAACAGGAAAUGCAACUACAUUUCUGAUUAAAUAAGUGAUAGAAAGCUUACUAUAGUAAAAAUAUACAUUAAUACAUAUGAGAAUUGUUUUGUUUCUCGUGACAGAAAAAAAAUACGAUUGCUUUAUAUAAAAAGUAUGUAUAUUUUUGUAUAUUUUGUUAUUAUGUAUAUUUUAAGUAACCUAAUUUUUAUUUUAACUGUCUAGAAUCAAAAUAAUUUUAAUUGAUUAAUUACAAAGAUGAAAAAUACAAGGAAAUAUUAAAAGAUUUUUCUUGGAGACCAAAGGAUAUUUUUGUGAUUAACACUUAAAUUGAUUAUUAACAAAUUAUUAAAAGCUUUGCCUAGCUGAUGAUAUAAAGUUGAAGAAAUUAUAAGAAGGAAAUGUGGAAGUAACCACUUGGCAAAUGCUACUGUUCGGCUUUAGAAGUAACUAUUUGUUUAUAAGUUUAUUGUUAAAUAGAGAGAGAGGAGUAGCCAAAACAUUUUAAAUUAUUAGCAAUUUUUUCAAGCUAAGCCUAUUAAAAUUCAUAUUUCGAAUCUGAUCAGAAUUUCUGGCAGAAAUUGUUGCUUGGUUUCCAAAAUGUAAAAAUAUUUUUAAAAAAUAAAUUUGUUUGUGUAUCUGAGUUAUUAAUGUCAAUAAAAAAUAAAUAUGUAUUUUGAA